AUGAGUAUGGCGUCCGACUCUGCCAAGGAGUUGACGAAGCUGGACGAGGAGAUCGCUCUGCACGUUCAGUCGCUCAACAACUCGCACAUGAAGCGCCAGUUCCUAGGCGCGUUCGCCGACGAUCCACGCGGGUUCAUCCAGACCUGGCUUGCGUCGCAGUCACGCGACCUGGAGAGCGUGCUCGGGAGCGGCCCCAGCGAAGGCGCGACGGUGCGACAAGAGGACCUCAAGCGCUCCGAGUAUUUCCGGAUGGCAUGGGUGGAGGAGGCGGUCGCGAUCCAGGAAGGCAUGCGACUGGCGUCGAAGGUCGGCAUGUGA